CCUGUUCCUGACUGGCAAGGAGUGUUCCUGUUCCUGACUGGCAGGGGGUGUUCCUGUUCCUGACUGGCAAGGAGAGAAUUUGAUGGAAAAUUGGAAUACCAGGCCCAAGUUUCGGGCAAGGCAAGCGUCUCGGGCAAGGCAAGCGUCUCGGGCAAGGCAGCGUCUCGGGCACCCCACCCCUCCCCUGGCACCGCAACGCCUGACUAAUUUCACAAAUACCACUCGCGUCGUCCGAGCUCGGAUUUCCGAAGGGGCACGCCAAGCCUUUCCCAGAAGCCGAAAUUUCCGGGGCUUUUUCCUUCGCUGCUCAACUCCGCCGUCGCACCCGACACGUCAUUUUCUAUCCGCUAUUUCCGUCGCGCGAACGGAGCACCGAAAUGGACAGCGAUUCGCAUGCGUCAAACUCGACGUCGCCGCUGUCGCUGGGCGGCACGGCCACGAGCACAGGAAUAGGGACGGGCGCAGAGACGGGCGCAGGGACGGGGCGGCAGCGGGUGCACCGGUACAAGCAUGCGUGUGCGCUGUGUGCGCGCCGCAAGGUCAAGUGCGACAAGGACGAGCCGUGCGCUAACUGCCGCAAGGCUAGAGCCGUCUGCCUCUACGACGCCCACGACCCUAACGCCCGGCCGCGCAUGCCCGCUAAGCGGCCGGCCGACGAGGACGUGCUCGACCGCCUCGCCCGCUACGAGGGCCUGAUGCGCAAGCACAACCUCGACUUUUCCCUGCCCAACACUCCCAAUGCUGUUGAUGUCACCAAGCCCAACAGGCCAUGGAUCCAUCUCGUCCCCGCCCCCGUCCCCGUCCCCGUCCCCGCCCCCGUCCCCGGCCCCGGCGCGCCCCCCACCCUGGCUCCGGCCUUGUUCGUGCCCGCUGCGCCCCGGCGCCCCAGCCAGUUUGAGCACUCGCGCGAUGUCGUUCUCGCCGAGCUCGAGCCGUGUCUGUGGUCGACGCUAAGCUCCGAGCUCAAACACCCUCCCAUGCAGAGCCUGCGGCACCGCGAGGACCCGCUGCUGCAUCCCACGCCGCCGCUGCACGUGGUGCUGGCCAGCCCGCAGCCGGACCUGCGCGAGCUGCACCCCGAGCCGCAGCGCAUCUACCGGCUGUGGCACGUCUUCGUCGAGGCCGUCAACCCGCUGACCAAGAUCGUCCACGUGCCCACGCUGCAGCAGCGCGUGCUAGGCGCCAGCUUCGACCCGGGCGCCGCCCCCGCGCCCCUGACCGCCCUGCUGUUCGCCAUCUACACGCUGGCCGUGACGUCGCUGUCGGCCGCCGAGUGCGACGGGCUCUGCGGCGAGCCGCGCCCCGUGCUGCUGUCGCGCUACCGCGCCGCCGCCCUGCGCGCCCUCGUGGCCGCCGACUUCCUGGCCACGCACGACCUCGACGUCAUGCAGGCCUUUGUGCUGUUCCUGCUGGCCAACCCCGAGUCCGAGCUCGCCGGCAGCCUGACCGGCGCCGCCGUGCGCGUCGGCCAGCGCAUGGGCCUGCACCGCGACACGGACCCGACGCCGGCAGCCUCGUCGCCCGUCUCCUUCUUCGACGGCGAGAUGCGCGUGCGCCUGUGGUGGCAGCUGCGCCGGCUCGACGCGCGCGGCCGCGCCGACGCCGCCACGGGCGCGCGGCCGCCGCACCCCGCCGACCUCGUCGGCGCCCUGCGCCUCCCGCUCAACGUCAACGACGCCGACCUGCACCCCAACAUGCUCGCCCCGCCGGCCGCGCACGCCGGCCCGACCGAGAUGCUGGCGGUGCUGGCCAAGAUGGCCGUGCCGGCGUGGCAGCGCUCGUCGCCGAAAGCGGCCCGCGUGUGGGAGGCCAUCACGUGCCGCCAGAACCACCCCUCGACAUCAUCGGCGCCGCCAGCCCUCCCCGACGGCACCCCCGGCCCCGCCCACCGGCAGCAGCAGCAGCUCGCCCUGCAGGACGCCGCCAUCGACGAGCUCGAGGCCCUGUUCCUCGACACGCACCUGCGCGGCUGCGACGCGCGCAUCCCGCUGCACGCCCUCGCGCGCGCCAUGGCCGCGCUCGCCGUCGCCCGCAUGCGCUUCGCCGUCCACCACCCCCGCUGGCAGCAGCAGCAGCAGCAGCAACCAUGCUCUGGACCUGGACCUGGACCUGGACCAACAGCCCCAAACAGCGCGGCACUGAUCCCCCGCCGCGAGAGCGACACCCUCUUCUCCGCAGCGCUAGCAUACCUCGACGCAGUCCGCACCGGCGCGCGCAGCGGCUUCUCGCGGCACCUGCUGGCGCACAUCACGACGCGCAACCAGCUGGAUGCGCUGGUGUUUGUGCUCAGCGAGCUGCGGCGGCCGCGGCGCCGCGGCGAGCAGGAAAAUGCUGCGCUGGCCUGGCGGCUGGUCGAGGACAUGUAUGGCGAGUAUCCUGAGCUGUCGGCCGGCGAUGGCGAUGGCGAUGGUGAUGGUGAUGGUGAUGGUGACGGUGAUGGUGAUGGUGAUGGUGAUGGUGGUGGUGAUGGUGAUGGUGAUGGUGAUGUGGGGCGCGGCGAGUAUGCUCCUUUUUUCGAGAAGCUCGGCGAGCUGGUGCUGGAGGCGUGGGACGCGCAGCGCGGGGCCGUGGCGGAAUCGGUGGGAGGUGUGGGAGGUGCCGGUGGUGGUGGGCUUGCGGGUCAGGUAUUUCAUACUGAAGACGCCGCGCCGCAGUUUGUCAGGCUGCUGGAGGCCAGGCGGCUGAGCCGUGCUGAGGCGGGGCGAGGUGGUGGUGGUGCGGUGGGGAGGCCGGCGACGGCUGGGCUGGACGGCUCGGUGGGUGAGGGCUUCCCGGCCGAUGUCGACUGGGACUGGACGUACUGGAAUGAUUUCCUGCGGCUGUGA